GAGAGCGGCAUCUAGCGGAGACCGAAGUGAACAUAAUAAGCUGUGUAGAACCUGUACAACUAGCUGCGCCCGCGCCGCGAACGCAUCAGCAAACAGCGAACAACUUGAGCAACCAGGCGAGUGUCAUUCCAUUAAUCAGUUCAGUCAGAGUUGUCGCUCCACCGCAGGCGGUGUUCUCGCGCACUUUUCCUUUAUGAUAUUCAACAAUUUGGGGGAAGCCGAGAACGUAACACCUCACCAGAAUGUGAUUAAUAACAGUGCACACUUUAGUUUACUAAUUCCUCUUCGUCUUUUUAAGUAACUAACGUAAAUAAACUUUUUAUUACUUUCUAAAACGUAUUUAAUUUUCCGCGUGUGUCUCGGUUCAAGCUCGCGCCAACAAAACGUGUGUGAAUAUAAAUAAAUAUUAUAAUUUAGUGUAUUUAACAUGACUAUAUCAUACGCCGGAGAAGUCCCAAAUGGCAGCAGUUUCGGUUGUUUUUGGAGGAUCCUUUUGAAAUGGCGAGGCAGUGUUUACAAGCUAGUAUGGCGCGAGUUGCUAGCAUACCUCACACUGUAUUACACCAUCAAUUUGUUGUAUCGAUUCGCGCUUACCGAGCAGCAACAGAGAAUAUUUGAGAAAGUUCGACAGUACUUCGGGGCACAGAGCGAGUCGAUCCCUAUGUCGUUCGUACUCGGAUUCUACGUUAGCCUCAUAGUAAAAAGGUGGUGGGAGCAGUACAAACUUCUACCAUGGCCAGACACAUUGGCCCUAUUCAUCUCCGCUGGCAUACCUGGAGCGGAUGAGACUGGAAGAUUGAUGAGAAGAAAUAUAGUCAGAUAUGCCAUUUUAGCUUACGUAAUUACGCUUCAGAGGGUUUCGCUUCGAGUAAAACGGAGAUUCCCUACGUGGCAACAUGUUGUUGAUUCCGGUCUAAUGCUGGAAAGCGAAAGGAAGGUAUUCGAGAAGAUGGACGGAAAGAGUCCUAUGUCAAAGUAUUGGAUGCCAUUGGUGUGGGCGACGAACAUAAUCAAUCGCGCGCGCAAGGAAGGGUUGAUUACUAGUGACCACAUCGUGCAGACUCUUCUCGUCGAACUGUCUGACAUAAGAAGGCGGCUAGGUGCUCUCAUUGGCUAUGACACUGUCUGCGUACCACUAGUGUAUACACAGGUGGUGACACUGGCGCUAUAUACUUACUUUGUGGCUGCGCUGAUGGGGCGGCAGUUGGUGCCUCCUGCCCCAGGUAGCACCUCGAAAUAUGAACCCGAUGUUUAUUUCCCCCUGUUUACAGCGUUACAGUUUUGUUUUUAUGUCGGAUGGCUGAAAGUUGCAGAAGUACUUAUAAAUCCUUUUGGUGAAGACGACGACGACAUCGAAUUAAAUUGGCUUAUAGACAGACAUAUAAAGGUAAUUUCUUUGCUCGCUUACGUAUUUAUGUAUAACAUUUAUGUAAACAUUUAUAGUAGAUAAUA